AUUUUUCUGCAUAAUUAUAUUAUUACUCAUUGUGUGUGCAUGAGCAAAAUUAACUGCAAAUAUUGGAGAAAACAAAAGAAAAACAACAACAAACAAUUUGAUAAGACGGAAUAAAGUUAAACAAUUUAUACAAGUGUGGCGCGGAUAUAUAAGCGGAGAGCUGUAGCUUUGUUGCACUUAUCGGUAAUCGGGUUUGCGACUUUUAAAACUCGUUUGGUCGAAAAGAAAUUCAGUUGCCUUCCGACCGGCAUCGAGUAUUGGUAGAAUUUUUAUUUGUGAUCUCAAGUGCUUGUUUUUGAUUUAAACACAAAAAAAAAAAACGAAUAUUCUGACUUCAGUGAUAUUGCAAAAAACAACAACUCAAAAAUGGGACUUGAUAAGUUAGCACCAUGUUCCGUGCAGCUGGCUAGGAUGAUACAAAAGUCUGGUUGCGAUGUGCUGUGUAUCAUAGAUCGUCAAAUACCAUCUGAAUUAGUAGAACAAUUCAGCGAGUUUCGUUCAUUCGACAAAGCUUUCGACUCUAUGGUCUCUUGCUUCAAGUCAUCAAAGCUGAACAUGCCUGUAGUCUAUGCGCCAGUACCCGAGUUGACCGACUAUCACGACAUACGCAUAUAUCAGCAAGCAGCAGCCAGUUCCAUGCAACGUGCCAUUAAGGCUGGCUUUAAAGCACCGUUGUUGCUUGUGCCUGAAAGCCAAAAAUUCGUGAAUACCGAACUUUGUACGGUGUUAGGUGCUUUAGAAGAACUCUAUGUGCCAAUUCAACAACGAGAAAACCUUCCUAACAAAAAACAGUUAAUUUCAAAUUUGUCGGUGCUAAUAUCAAGUCCUAAAGCAGAUGAAAUUUUCAAGGAAGCGCUUAUACUGGAAUCAGGACGUUUUGUAGCGCGCGAUAUUGGUGUUGGUGAUCCAGAAAGAAUGACACCACCACGUGUUGAAGAAUAUAUCAGUGGAUUGUUCCCUGAACUCAAAGUCACUGUCAUCAGUGAUAUUAACACGCUUGUAAAGGAGUAUCCACUAUUUGCCGCUGUUAAUCGCGCUGCUCAAAGUGUGCAGCGUCAUCAGGGACGUAUUAUAUUCCUGGAAUAUAAACCACCACAAGCUGCAAGAAAAACUCUAAUGUUAGUCGGUAAAGGUGUCACUUAUGAUACCGGUGGUGCUGACAUCAAAGCUGGUGGUAUUAUGGCUGGUAUGUCGAGAGAUAAAUGUGGCGCCGCCGCAGUUGCUGGUUUUAUGCAGAUCGUAAGUCAACAAAAACCCAAGGAUGUGCAUGUAAUCGCUGCACUUUGUUUGGUUCGCAACUCCGUGGGUGAAGAAUCUUACGUCGCGGAUGAAGUUAUUACUUCACGUGCCGGUGUACGUGUACGCGUUGGUAAUACCGAUGCCGAGGGUCGUAUGUGUAUGGCUGAUGCUUUGUGUCGUAUGAAAGAAAUUGCCAUGGAUCAAAAAUUACCCGACCCACAUUUAUUCACCAUUGCUACUUUAACUGGUCACGCUUGUUUGUCUGCUGGUGAAGGUUACUCAAUUAUUAUGGACAACAGCGUUGCUCGCGAAGCACAACAUGCGCGUCAUUUGCAAUGUGUAGGACAAUCUGUCGGUGAACCCUUCGAGGUAUCUGUGCUGCGUCAGGAUGAUUUUGAUUUUAAUGCCGGUAAAGUUAUUGGUGAAGAUAUUGUGCAGUGCAACAAUCUCGCGUCUUCACGCACGCCAAGAGGACAUCAAGUACCAGCUGCCUUCCUUAUGCUAGUGACUGCGCUUACUAAGCAGGGUCUGAAAUCUUCUUACCCAAUCAAAUAUACACAUUUGGAUAUUGCUGCCAGCGCUGGUGAAUAUCCGAAAAUGCCCACUGCCGCUCCUAUUAUUGCACUAGCAAAGGCUCAUCUUUCGUAAUUGUUGUGACGUCUUUUAGUAUUUUUUAUAUCGAAAAAAAUAAUUGUAACUUUUAAAUUGAAUUAUUGGAAUUUAUGAAUUUAGAAAACAACGCGUAGAGUACUUACUGAGAAAAAGUAAAGCUUAUCUAUUGUCAUAGACGUUCACACUACGGAAUAAAAUCACAUUUUUGAACAUUA